CUCUAGCAAAUUUGAUGUAUGUUAUAAAAAUAUUUUGCUUUUUGUCCUUAGCGAAAGUGUACGGUAUUUCUAUUGCAAGCCGCGGAAGCUCAUGACCAAAAAGCAGUUUCACUUGCACAACUCCAGCGUCGCCAUCUUAACGCAAAAAUAUAAAAUUAUUUUGUGUAGCUUAAGACAUGCACAUUAAAGGCCUUCAAACUGACUUUUCACUUAUUUUAUUAUUUACCUACAAAAAAUUCCCAAAGUUACCCUAUGCUUUCAGGCGUUUACCUAGAUUAAAAGGGCGUUAACCCCUUAAUAACUUCAUUGUUUAUUCGUAUAAAUUAUCAACAAACUAAAAAUGAUGAUUGAUUUCCUUUGAAAUGAAAGAUGAAAUGGAAAGAAAUGAAUAUUUCCUAAAUGUUACGUCUAUUAAUUUAGUUUUCUUUUCAGGGCAUAGUGGGUGGCAUGACAUUGUCGUUGCUAUAUUACAGCUUUAGAGAAUUACCUCUAGGUGAUGCUACCACAAUCAUCUUCAGUUCGCCAGUGAUUGUAAUUACUCUUUCUUUCCUUUUUCUAAAGGAACCUUGUGGUGUUCUGCGAAUAAUAGUAGUUUGCACUCUCUUUGGUGGUGUUGUUUUAGUUGCCAGGCCACCAUUCUUAUUUCAGAUGCAUCAUGCCGAACACUAUAACCUUAUGGGAUAUGUAUGUGCUCUCCUGGCAACCCUCUUUACAGCUCUCAAUAUCGUUGUUAUGAGAAAAUGUUCGGAGAUACACUACUCCAUUAUAGUUCUGAAUUUGUCAAGUUGGUCAUUUGCUGCCGCUGUAAUCUUUUAUAUCGUGGUAUCUGGCGGUUAUGAGCACAAACUAAAAUUGCCACAUGAUUAUUUCACUUGGAUCCAAAUUCUGUUGGUGGCAUGUACCGGCCUUAUGGGGCAGGUAUUAGUAACGAAGGCGUUAAAAAUUGAAAGUGCAGGUAAAGUCUCAGUCACAAGAUCACUGGAUAUUAUUUUGGCGUAUAUGAUUCAAGUAUAUCUCUUCGGCGAAAAACCUACAUCGACUAGUGUAAUAGGCGCGGUUCUAAUUAUUUUUUCUGUCGUUUGUAUGGGUUUCGAGAAAGAAAUAUAUUCUAUUUGCGACUUUAUUCCCUAGUCAAUUAACUGUUAACAUUGUGAAUAAUCAAUGUCGACUUA